AUGAACGAUCACAUCAAGGUCUUUCUGCGCAUUAAACCUAAUGUCGAGAAUCUGUCCAAGUUAAAAAGCGAAGACUGUGCCAUAUACAAAAUUGACAAUAACCAGUUGCACUUGUUUGAAAAAAAAAAAAGUUACAAUGACACUAGCGAGCUGAAAACCAGAACGUUUAAUUUCAAUUACAUCUUCGAUGUGAAUUUUCAGCAGAGUGAUGUAUUUGAUUUGAUCGGAAGAAAUCUCAUUAACAACUUCAUCAGCGGGUACAACAGCUCUAUCCUGGCAUAUGGAAACACCAACAGCGGGAAAACGUACACCCUCUAUGGGGACAGGACGGAAUCGGAGAACAGGCAACACCAUGGGCUCAUUUAUUUGUCACUCAGCUACUUUUUCCAGUUGAAAAAAAUGAACAAGAACACUGAAAUUUCCGUCUCCAUAGUGGAGAUAUACCUCGAAAAAAUAAGGGAUUUGGGAAAGAUAUUCCAACUGUCGCAGUUGGCCACAACCACAGAUGACACCAUCAAGUAUUACUCACAGUUUCGUGAUAACAUAAUUAGAGAAGACGAAAAGGGCAAUACGUACGUGGAAGACAUCACAUUGCUCCCCAUAAAGAACAUUGACGAUGUACAGAACAUUAUAGACCUAUGCUUUAAGUACAGGAAAACGCACGCCACCAGAAAAAAUUUGGUAUCCUCCAGAUCUCAUUGUCUGCUAACAGUUUACCAGCACCGACUCGCCAAAGAAAAGGAACUCAUUUCUCAAAUAAACUACAUCGAUUUGGCUGGAUCAGAAAAAUUUAACGACAUAGAGAUGGUCAACAAGAAGGAACUCAUAAACAUCAACAACACCUUGUCCGUCCUGAACCGAGUGAUAAUUGCCCUAAGCACACAAAACAAAAUCGGGAAAAAUCUGGACAAAGCAAAAACAAAGGAUGAAUUAAAAAGUGAACCCUGCUCUGUUGCCACUGUGCACAUUCCGUAUAGGGACUCCAAGUUGACGCGGUUACUUAAAAACAGCCUCAACGGGAACUCCUUCACAUACAUCCUGAUAUGCCUAAACCUGAACAGCCACAAAAUAGAAGAAUUUAUAAACAGCUUAAUAUUCGCAAAGAGGUGCAAAAUGAUUAAACAGAAAAUAAAAAAAAAUAAAGUAGCCAAAUGUUCAUCCCGGUCAGACAGCGUCAGAAGUAACUCCUCUUCCGACGAAAACUCCUACGAAAGUUUUGAUUCGAAUGGUGAAAAUUAUCACUUCAUAGCUCAAGAAAAUAAAAACAGGGACCUUUACCAUUUGGACACACUUGCAUACAACAAAACAAGGAACAAGUACAAAGCACCAAAUAACAAAAGUGACGCAAUGAUAAACAAACUGCUAGUCCUAUUCUCUCACAUCAUUAAAAGAAAAUACAAUGACUUAGUUAAACAGAAAAAUUCUGUAACAAACAAUUUAAUUAAAAUUAUAAAAUUUGAAGAAAACAACCAGGAAGAGUUGAUCAGAAAUAAAAAUUAUUUCAAAAAAAUUUUGAAAAAAAAAAAAAAAGAAUUACUCAUAAACAAGGAAUAUUUAAAUCGUCUUAUUCAUGAAAAGGGAGUUAAACCGAUAAACCUCAGAGAGUAUUGUGAUGGUGAUGUUAGUGUACACAAAGACGUGCUACCUGAUAUUGCAAAUCAGCUCAGUUUAACUCUUCCUGAUGGGUUACAUUCCAUCGAUAUUCAGGGCGGGCAACAAUAUACUUCGCCCGUUGUCCAAAAGGAAGAACAAAAUGUUGUGAACCAAGGGGGGAGUAGCACCCCCGUCUUGCAUAGUGAUGUGGGACAAAGGGAUCCUAACGAGAUUAGUCAAAAGGAAGAAAUGUGUACAACGCUCGAUAAGGAUACGCCCCCCGUGCUCUUUGUCUCCUCCACUGCUUCCCCCACCGAUGAUGACCCGACCAAAGACACAAAGGACAUAAAACGAACCCACGCAGACAUCGAGGAGCUAUUCCAAAUGGAGUUAAAUAAACUCAGUGAAAAAAUUAAAAUGCUAAUCAAAUUAAAUUUUCAAAAUAUCUCCCUAUUUACACACAUUGAUUCGUUAGCAACUAUUCUUCAAAAUGUGUACCAAAACAAAUACAGCGUCGUGCUGAGGAACGGCAAAAAAACACUCAACAUUACCAAUUAUAAUUAUUAUGAAUUUAAAAAAUUGUGUGAGUUCUGCCCACCACCACAGUCAGAGUUGGCUGAUCACACGGGUGAGGACGACGCGCAUUUAGAACGACUCGAUCCGGACAUAGUUUCACUGUAUCGAAGGAUAAACGGAAAAAAAGUCACACACGGGGAGGUAGGCAGCUAG